AACCUCUCCUCCUCCUUGAUAAGAGAUAAGCACCAUUGUGAAGCCACCUUUAGAGUUCUAUAAGACAAGUGCUCCUCUCUCUACUUGUAUAGUAGCAUUCAAUCGAAGCCCAUGCUAGUUGCAUAGAGAGUAUAAGGAAGUGAGCAGCAGUUCCAAUAAAGAAACUUUCUUGAAAUUAAGCUUAAAGGUCAAAAAUUCUUUUGUGGAGAAGAAAGAAACUUGCACACAGCCAAACAUGGUUGCAGAAAAACAACACCCAAAAAUGGUAACCAGAACAGUGGAUCUCCGGUCUGACACUGUGACUAAACCAACUGAAGCAAUGAGAGCAGCUAUGGCAAAUGCUGAGGUUGAUGAUGAUGUUCUGGGUUAUGACCCGAGUGCCUCAAGAUUAGAGACUGAGAUGGCGAAAAUCUUGGGCAAGGAAGCAGCUCUAUAUGUUCCAUCGGGCACUAUGGGUAACCUUAUUAGUGUGCUUGUGCAUUCUGACAUUAGGGGAAGUGAAGUUAUUCUCGGACACAAUUCCCACAUUCACAUUUAUGAGAAUGGAGGCAUUUCAACUCUUGGAGGUGUGCAUCCAAGGACCGUGCAGAAUAACAAGGAUGGAACGAUGGAUGUUGAUUUAAUUGAAGCUGCAAUUAGAGAUCCGAGAGGAGGGCUUGUGUAUCCAACUACUAGGCUUAUUUGCUUGGAGAAUUCACAAGCCAACUGUGGUGGUAGAUGCCUAUCUGUAGAUUACACGGAUAGAGUUGCAGAAUUAGCUAAAAAGCAUGGUUUGAAGCUUCACAUUGAUGGCGCUCGCAUUUUCAAUGCAGCAGUUGCACUUGGAGUUCCUGUGCAUAGGCUUGUUCAAGCUGCUGAUUCAGUUUUGGUAUGCCUAUCAAAAGGUUUGGGUGCACCAGUUGGUUCAGUUAUUGCUGGUUCAAAAAGCUUUAUUGCCAAGGCACGAAUACUCAGGAAAACACUUGGAGGUGGGAUGAGACAGGUUGGUAUCCUUUGUGCUGCUUCUUUAGUUGCCAUACAAGAGAAUGUAGGAAAGCUCGAGGAUGAUCACAAGAAAGCCAAGACGCUGGCAGAGGGACUGCAUCAGAUUAAAGGACUAAGAGUGGAUGUCGCCGCUGUAGAAACCAAUAUUAUGUAUUUGGAAAUAGAAGAGGGCUCAAAAUUUACAGCAGAAAAUCUAUGCAAGAGCUUGGAACAACAUGGUAUACUUGUGAUGCUAGCGGGCCCAUUCAGAAUUAGGAUUGUUCUUCACCAUCAAAUUUCAGCAAGUGAUGUGCAGUACACUUUAUCAUGCUUUCAGCAAGCUUUAACAGGGGUGCAAGAUGAAAAUGGCAACUAGUGGAAGAAAUUGCUGUGAAUUUCUCUUGAAUAUGAUCAUUUCCAUCUGUUAAGUGGAAGUGUUUUUACCCUUCAUCAGAAGUAAACUGCAUUCACCUGUAUUAAUGAGUAAAAAAUAGUUUGAAAAUUGAAAUUAAAAAUGGUUGGACAAAUAACAGUGCUCUACUGCCAUAGUUUGUAACAUUUAUCAAAACUAAUUAAGAAAAUCUUAUUCCUCUCUC